GACAGAGUGAGUUGAUAUAAGCCUUGUACCAGAUAGACAGAGUGAGUUGAUAUCCGCUUUGUGAAAAUGAUUUAAAAAUAGAAGAUACUAAACAAGUUCAGUAUGGACUCUGGAAAUAGUAGUCAGACGACAAAUGAAUAUGACCUUGAUAUCUCAGACGAGGUCACGGAACUUGUACGUCUCAUCUGUUACGUCAUCAUUUCUCCCAUAGUUUCAGUCCUUGGUAUUCUAACCAACAUGGUGAAUAGCUGGAUCUACUACAAGCAUGGCUUGAGCGAGUCGGUAAACAUCAGCUUUUUAACUUUGGCAUUCACUGACCUAGCUGGACUGAUCUGCUGUAUUUGGUAUGGUAUUGGCAUGAGUCCACUUUUAGCUACGAGGACUGACCUUUCUUUUGAUUCAAUGGACGUGACUUAUAUAACCGGAGCUUUUCCUCGUGUGUUUUUUACAAAAGUCACUUGCUGGAUUACUGUCUACAUCUCACUGGAGAGAUGUUUCUGUAUAGUGGCGCCACUGCAUGUCAGGACUAUGAUAACACCAAAAAGAACUAUUUUCAUUCUGACAGUGCUGUACGCGGCUGGAGCGAUCGUUAAUUUCCCAGUCCUGUACUUGGGUGGACUUUUUUUGUUUUGGAAAACCGACUUCCUUCACAACAGGACUUUCUUAGGUCUGGGCUACAGGGACGAUUAUUUUAGCGUCAACUCUGUGACAACGUCUGUCAAUGCCAUUACAUUCCUGACGUCUUUUAUUGUCAUCGUCGUCACCACCAUCGCGUUGACGGUAGCUCUGCAAAGGAAAUCAAAAUGGCGACAGAACUCAUCCAAGAGUACUGUGAAGGAUGCAAGGAAUCUUUCCAAAAGGGACACAACUCUGAGCAAAACUAUCGUCCUUCUUUCGGCAGUGCUGAUAGUGAGUUAUCUUCCUUACACGACCAACUGCGUGCUUAUGUCACGGUUGGAUGGUUUUCAGCUGUACGGUAAAUACAACAAUUUCUUCAUUGUCAUGUGGUCGUUUUCUUGGAUGUUUGAAACUCUGAAUUCGACUACAAGUUUAUUCAUUUACUACAACAUGAGUACAAAAUAUAAAGAGACGUUUAAACAUUUAGUACCUUCGUUUUGUUGCUCUGUGCUGGAGGUAUGGAAACGUCAUUGUCAGUCACUUUUUAAACAGUUAUAGACUGAAACGUGUAUAAACUAACAAUAUAUAUACAAUUUGGGCUAUAAAAGAGCAUUUCUUGUUUUUAAACAUUUCACUUGUUUUGAAGAAUAGAGCUAAUUACCAGAUUAAUAUUUGCUCAUUAAGAUAUUACAUUGUUUGAAACAUAAAGAAAUUUUUUACAUUUUAUGGUCAUGAAUUUAAAGCUUAAAAUUUUCUUGUUAUUUAUAAAGGAAUAAAGAUAAAAAAAACACUUUGUUAUAUGUUGAAGUGCACUACUCGCUGGGGGGGGGGGGACAUUUUGCUAAUCUCGACAGGUCUGGGAAACAACAAAUUCUAGAACUGUAUGGUGACAUGCGUGCACAAACCGCAGGGUUUCUGUCCAGGGUUUUUGCAAGAGAGGAUUUGAACUUCUCAAACUCUCACUAAAUAGAAUUAGAUGAUGCUGAUUAAGAGACAUUUUGGAGCCAAUAACUGAAAUCAUUUUAUAAUAUUACAAAAAAAUUCUCCCGUCUA